ACCACCACGUGGUGCGGCGGCCCCUGUGCAAGAAUUCCUCUGUCCACAAACUAGUGAACUGCUUUCCAAAGAAGCACCAUUUGUUUUGUUGCAGGGCACUAUAGUCUAAACCCCUGAAGCAAACAAGGGGAUGUUGCAGGCUUGUAGUUAGUUGAUCAUCCUUCAAGUUCUGCAGGGUAGAUAACAUGGCUGGCGUAGUGGGUGGAGCUUUCCUCUCUGCUUCCCUUCAGGUCUUGUUCGAUAGAUUGGCUUCUCGUCAAGUCGUUGACUUCAUCCGCGGCAACAAGCUCAACGCUGGACUUCUCAGAAAGCUAGAAAUCACUCUGCUUUCUGUCAAUUCCGUGCUCAGUGAUGCCGAGGACAAGCAGAUAACCAAUCAUGCUGUGAAAGAAUGGCUUGAUGAGCUUAGAGCUGCUGUCUAUGAUGCCGAGGACCUCAUGGCUGACUUCAGCUCUGAAGCUUUGGAGAAAGAGCUUCAAGAGGAAUCUGAAUCCGGAAGCAGCGGCGGAAUUCAGGUAAAAGAUGUCAAAUUGUAUUUAAUGAAUGCAUUGGAUGAAUGGUUGGAGCCCAAGAUAGAGGAAGUUGUUGAAAGGCUAGAGUUUAUUGCUAAGAAGAAGUAUGUUCUUGGAUUGAAAGAGGGUAUUAAAGAUGUAGCAGUAAGAAGAUUGCCUGCAACUUCUUUGGUGGAGGAGUCUAGUGUGUAUGGUAGGGAUGAGGACAGAGAGGUCAUUGUGAGGUUGUUGCUUUCAGAUGGUAUGGAUGUUUGUGGCAAUAAGAUUUGUGUGAUUCCCAUAGUGGGUAUGGGUGGAAUUGGAAAAACCACCCUUGCUCAGCUUGUGUACAAUGAUGAUGAAGUGAAGGGAUACUUUGACCUCAAGGCAUGGGUGUGUGUUUCGGAAGAAUUUGAUGUGUUGAGGAUAACUAAAACAAUUUUCGAGACAAUCACUUCGGCGCCUUGUGGUAUCACUGAUCUUAAUUUGCUUCAAGUUAAAUUGAAAGAUGAACUGAUGGCUAAGAAGUUUCUGCUUGUUCUAGAUGAUGUUUGGAAUGAGAACUACAUUGAUUGGGACGACUUGAAGAAACCUUUCUUGUCUGGGAUUCAUGGGAGUAAGAUUGUUGUGACAACUCGCAGUGAAAAUGUUGCAUUGAUCAUGGGCACUGUUCCAUCUCAUCGUCUGAGACAAUUGAGUGAUGAAGAUUGUUGGCUGUUGUUUGCAAAGCAUGCCUUUAACAAUGUAGAGUCAAGAGAACAACCAGUCCUAGAAGAAAUGGGGAGGGAAAUUGUCAAAAAGUGCAAAGGGCUUGCAUUAGCUGCAAAAAUGCUUGGGGGUCUCCUGCGAUCAAGACUAGAUCCUGAUGAUUGGCAUAAGAUACUUACUAGUGAGAUUUGGGAUUCGUCUGAAGAAACUCAUAACAUUCUGCCAGCUCUAAGGUUGAGUUAUGACCAUCUCCCAUCACAUUUGAAGCAGUGUUUUUCUUAUUGUUCAAUAUUCCCCAAAGACUAUGAGUUUGGAAGGAACGAAUUGGUCCUGUUGUGGAUGGCUGCAGAUCUUUUAGAACAACCCAAAAGAAAGAAGAGGAUGGAAGAAGUGGGAGAAGAGUAUUUCCAUGAUCUAAUAUCAAGGUCGCUUUUUCAGCAAUCUAGUACAAAUCAAUCACUUUUUGUCAUGCAUGACCUUGUUAAUGAUUUGGCUAAAUAUGUCUCUGGAGAAUUUUGUCUUCGGUUGGAGGAUGGUGUCUCAGAUAAACUGGUAAGAAGGACUCGUCAUUUGUCAUUUUCUAGAACUGCACAUGAUGACUUCAAGAAAUUUAAGAUGUUGUAUGAAGCUAAGGGCUUACGCACUUUCCUACCACUCAAAUUUCAAGCACCGUAUGGACGCUUUCAUUUGUCUAACAAGGUAACCCAUGAUCUUUUACCAAGGCUACGCUGCUUGCGAGUUCUCUCUCUAUCGCAGUACAAACUCAGCGAGUUGCCUGAAUCAGUGGGAAAUUUGAAGCAUCUGCGGCAUUUGGAUCUCUCUCACACUGCAAUUCAGAGGUUACCUGAGAGCGUAAGUACCUUAUACCAAUUGAAAACACUGAUACUGUCAUGCUGUUUCUCUCUUACUGAGUUGCCAACAAACAUGGGAAGACUAGUCAACUUGCGUCAUCUGGACAUUAGUCAUACCAAGUUAAAAGAGAUGCCAUUACAGAUGAGUAAAAUGAAGAACCUACAGACAUUAACUGAUUUUGUUCUUGGCAAAAAUAGUGGACGCAACAUCAAGGAGUUGAGAGAGCUCCAGCAACUUCGCGGAACACUAUCUAUUUCAGGACUACAAAAUGUAACCCAUGAUGUGUAUGCUGUGGAGGCGAAUAUGAAGGCUAAGAAGUACCUUGAUGAGCUAGUCUUGAAAUGGGCUGGUCAUGCUGAUGAUUCACAGUAUGAAAGGAAUGUACUUGAAAGUCUUAAACCUCAUGUGAGUUUGAAAGAACUCAAAAUUGAAUAUUUUGGGGGUACUAGAUUUCCAGAUUGGCUAGGAGACCAUUCCUUCUCCAAUAUGGUAUCUUUAUGUCUUAAAGACUGUAAAGAUUGCUGCUUCUUGCCACCACUUGGGCAGUUACCGUCUCUUAAAAAGCUUUGUAUCUCUGGGUUGGAUGGGGUAGGGAAGGUUGGUGCUGAGUUUUAUGGUGAUUGUGCAGUAAAUAAGCCGUUUAAAUCCCUAGAAAUUUUGAAGUUAGAGGAUAUGUUUGAGUGGCAGGAGUGGUCCUGUUUUGGAGGUGACAAUGUUGGUGGUGCUUUCCCUUGCCUUCAGGAGCUUUAUCUACAACGUUGUCCCAAACUAACAGGAGGGUUACCCGACUAUCUUCCAUCUCUGACAACACUAUGGAUUUUCAAAUGCCAGCAGCUGGUGGCCUCCCUUCCAAGGGCUCCAUCUAUCCGUGAUUUGAAGUUUGGAUAUUGUGAUGGGUUGCAGUUAAAAGAAUUGCCUUCUGAACUGCACUGGCUCAGAAUUGAAGGAUGCCAUGUCCUGGAGUCUAUACCUGGUCAUGUGAAGGAAACAAAUCCUUGUCUUCAGGAGUUAUUUAUCUCUGACUGUUCUUCUCUGGUGUCAUUUCCUAAGGAUGGAUUACCUGCUACACUGAAAGCCAUUGAAAUUGAGAACUGUGGGAGGUUAGAGAUACCUGUUGACCACUACUAUGCUUCCCUUGAAAGCUUGGCCAUAUGGAGUAGUUGCGAUUCUUUAGAGUCCUUUCCAUUGGAACUGUUCCCAAACUUGAACAAUCUCAAAAUUCGGAGCUGCAAAGGUCUAAAAUCACUUUCUUUUUCGGGUGAACCAGACCAUGAGCUCUUGGCUCUGAGUUUCUUGGAAAUCUGGGAUUGUCCUAGUUUGGUUUCAUUCCCUGAUAGAGGGUUGCCAACACCCAACCUGACCCAGUUUAAGGUAACAGAUUGUAUGAAUUUGAGGUCGCUUCCUGAACUGAUGGACAAACUUCUAUCUCUUCAGUACUUAGAAAUAUCUGGAUGUCCAGAACUUGAGUUGUUUCCUGAUGGGGGUUUGCCCUCCAAUUUGAGUUCACUCUACAUUUGGGAUUGCAACAAACUUGUCACACAGAGAGUGCAAUGGAAGCUGAAAAAUCUUGUUUCUCUCAGAUGUUUGAGUAUCAUGGGUGGAAAGCGGGCUGAUGUGCAGUGCUUUCCAGAAGAGGGGCUGCUGCCUACCUCUCUUACCUCUCUCUCCAUCUGUGGACUUCCAAAUCUAACAUCACUUGAUAAAGGGCUUCAAAAACUCACAGCUCUUGAAAAAUUGGAAAUCAGCCACUGUCGUAAGCUCCAGUGCUUACCUGAAGAGGGGCUGACACCUCUUUCAUAUCUUUGCAUCCGCAAAUGUCCUUUGUUAAAACAAAGCUGCCAGAGGGAUAGAGAAGAUUGGUCCAAGAUAGCACAUAUCCCCUGCAUUGAGAUUGAUAAUGACAUGAUUUUAUGAGCUAAAAUGUUGAAGGAUCUCUUACAUUUCGUUUACUUUCAGGUACUUGUCAGUUGUUAUGCACUAAUAUUUUGGUGUAAAAGUAAACAAUUAUGUACAUGAUUUAUUUGUCAAAUGAUGAUUAUUGAUUACAUUCUCCUAAUAUUCAAUGGUUUAGG